AUGGCCAGCGGCGGGCCCGGCGGCGGCCAAGCGGGCGCGGCGGGGAAGGUGCGCCGCGGGGUCCCGUGCGCCCUAAGCCGGGCCCGCCUGGGCUCGCUGCGCUCCCACCAGUGCGCGCUGCUGCUCGCGGGGCUGCUCGCCGUGUGCGCCUUCUAUUACGUGGGCUCCGGCCGCGAGACCUUCUCCAGCGCCACGCGGAGGCUCAAGGAGAGCCGGGCAGGAGGCACGGCCGGGCCCGCCCAGGCCCCUGCCUCGGACGCCCCCCUGGCGCCCGAAGCCAAGGCCAAGCCGGCAGACGGCCUGUCCGCGGGGGCAGCCGAGCUGGACUACCACGUGCUGAUGAUGUUCACCAAGGCUGAUCGCAGCCCUGCGCUGCAGGCCAAGGGGCGCACAGCCCUGAGCUCGCUGCUGCAGCUCGCCAAGCUGGACGAGCAGGAGGUGCUCAACGUGCACUUCGUCAGCGAGGAGGCCAGCAAGGAGAUCGCCAAGAACCUGCUCCGAGAGCUGCUGCCCGGGGUGCCCUUCAAGUACAAGGUCAUCUUCCAUGAUGUCGGAGUCCUGACGGAGAAGCUGUUCCCUGUGGUGGAGGCCAUGCAGAAGCACUUUAGUGCAGGCUCUGGGACCUACUAUGGGGACUCCAUCUUCUUCUUGUCCGUUGCCAUGCACCAGAUCAUGCCCAAGGCCUCCGCCGACUCCAUCCUGAGAACGUCCCUACGGCUCCUUAGGAACCCAGGAUCUCUUCCACUCCCCGCCUCUGCGGCCCUCGCUGGAGGCACCGAGCCAGCCCCCGAGCCCCCCACCCGCGCUCAGCAUCGAGCCGGCCCGGCCGGGGGGGCUGCCUCCCGUGCCGCCCCCGCCUGCUGCGUGACCCUGGCCAGCGAGGGAGGGCUCGGGCUGCUCUGUGCCGGGGGAGCGGCAGGAUGA